UCAACCUCGAAUUCCUUCGGGACGCUGAAUGGUUGGGAAGUAGGGAAUUUCUGGGACUCUCCGCGUUUGGAACGAAUCAGUACGCACUACGCACUGAGAUUCUGCUUGUCGUUAGUUUCAACAACACUGCUCCGAAUGCUCCGAUAAUAUGCGGCGGUAUCUGAACUAGUACAACAUGGCGAGAGCGUUAAGUCAUAUUCUUCAGAGAAGACACUUGAUCACCCAUAUGUCAAGUGUCUCGUACGGUCUCAGUAUUGUUCCUAGCAUUAAACACAGUGCUUGCUACUCGACAAAGAAAUCCGUAACCAAGACUGACUCCAAUGAAACCAAUAAUCAGGUACAGAUCGACACCGCAGAAGUAGUUAAAGAAAACCUGAAAUCUGUUGGAUAUCUUGGAGUAAUAGUCGGUGGCGUUGGAGUUACGGCUCUAAUACUGUAUGCCCUGUUUUCGGAGCUGUUCUCCAGCAAAAGUCCAUAUGCUGUUUACAGCGAAGCUCGCGUCCGUUGUAUGGAACAUCCAAAGGUCAUGGACAUUCUCGGAGCACCUGUAAAGGCUUAUGGAGACGAGACUCGACGUGGACGUAGAAAACACAUCUCUCAUAUGUAUUACAUUAAGCAAGGCGUCAAGUACAUGAGAUUGAGAUUUUAUGUACAAGGAACGAGAAGGCAGGGAACGGUGUAUGCGGAAGUGAAGGAAAACGCGUCUGGCAAUUACGAAUAUUCAUAUCUGUACGUUACGGUGAAUCAUGUUGGAACGAUCGUGAUAGAGGACAACCAAGAUACAUCUAAAUCGCUGCAAGAUCACGAAUCUACACUGGACUUUAACUUGCUACUGGAUAAUCAAUAAAUGUGCAAUAUAUUGAUAUGUAAAUAGGGUUAUUAAAAUGUGUAUGCGAUAAAGUUUGAUAUAGAAUUGUAAUUUUUUUAUUAUAUAUUUUUAUCCAUAUAUUUGGUAAUACAUAUAGAUAAGAUAGAAGAUUGCUAAAUGUCAAUUAAUUAAGUCUCUUAAGUAAGAUAUGAGAGCGCUGAUUCAGUCUUCGCAAAUAAAAGUCUCCUUUUUUACUUCA